CUCUUGCAUCUGAGGAUCAUUGGCGUGCUCCAUCUGACUACUCUUCCCAAGAUGUACUCGGUAGAUAUCAAGAUGACCCUGGCCCGCCUCGCCAAAGUAAUGAGUAGUCUCGGAGGACUCGACUCGUGUCUCAUGCUCGCGCAAUUCUCAUCCCCGUUCAUCAUUGCCCUCUUGCUCCGGUUAGCCCGACUUCGUGCCUCAUUGGCCCGACAUGUUGGUGUAGACAAGGUCGGCAGUGAAGCACAGCUCUAUAAACGUGUAGAGGGGAUCACUAAAGCUGCUGGAGGAAUCUCCGAGGCGCGAGUCAUCAUGAGGGCUUUCGGCCUCUUGCCUGUCAUUCUUGGACUGGCCAAACUCCAUCCCAAGCCAAUUCAGUCGCUCCAAGGGAUCACGGGUGCUCUUUCAAGCCCUAAGGCUAUACCUACAGUCCAAGCACUCUCCCUCGCGGGGUACUAUUCCAUGGAACAGCUUGCCUGGCUAGGCGGUAAAGGAGUAUUGGACAUUGCCCCAUUGAAGAUCAAGCAAAUGUCAUUGUGGAGCGUGAGAUGCUGGGCCGUCUAUGUCUUCCUUGAGCUGUUCAAGCUUAAUCAGACAUACUCUGCUCUCCGAACUCGCACGCGAGCCAUUCGAUCCGCUAAACCAAAGGUCUCGGCGAAAGAAGCGGAAGGCUACGAGAUACCCUCGGUGGAAUCGACUACCGUGACGGAAGAGAAGAAGCCUGGUGUCAAGAACGAUAACAAGCAGUUGGACAAGGAACAAUUGAGGAAGGAUUGGGACACUUGGAGACUUUCCACGUUGACCAAUUGGUAAGUUGGCGUCGUGACAGACAAGGGCGGCAUGCUCAUUGAACGACGCUUUAGGAGCUUUGCCCCCUUGACUUUACACUGGUCGGUUGAUGGUGGACUCUGGAGCAACCCUCUGAUCACUUAUACUUUGGGUUUGAUGGCUGCUUCCGGCAAGGUCGCCACGCAGUGGCAAAGCGCCGUCGUGUAAUUUCCGGGUAGUAGUUCUCCUCAUCCUGAAUCUUGUUCGCAU